AGAGCGAAAGCAAAAUUCAGCGAUGAAGAAAUUCAAAUACGGGCUGCCUUCUUGUGCAAAGAGCUACCAAAACGAUUAACCCAGGAGAUGCAAUCUGCGCAGUUUGCGGAGGAACUGUCGAGAGAAAGAGCAAAAUUAGCAGUUCGGAUGAAGCUCAUGAGCGGCGGAAAAAUCGUUUCAGAGAAGAAAAUGGGCACAAAUUUAUCGCUAAUUCCAGCUUAUGGCGGUUUUUUUGAUUUUUUACAUGUUGCUCUCGCAGAUGCAGUGAAGAUCAUGACACAAUUAUUCCCAGGAUUCAACCCAGAAUCAUUGUGUUGGAUGCCAUGGACUGCCGAAGAUUUGCGUCGGGCAAUAGCUCUUAGGAGGGCUGGCACAAUGCAAAAAUUUAUUACGGAACAAUAUGAUGAGCCAACACUGGAGCAACGUUUGCGCGAAAAAGAAGUGUGGGACUCAAUUCUCACUCCAUAA